AAGUUCAACGACAACUUGACCCGGAAGUGAUACAACGGUCUAAAUUAGCAUUUUGUGUACACACUAGUUCUUACUAAAGCUAUUGUAACUAGAUAUUUUAGUAAGAGCAUGGUGUGCAAUUAAACCUUGUCGAUCAAUGUAUGAUAAAUAGACGCAAUAUCUUGCACGAGACAGUGCAGGGAGAACUCGGUUAGCAAAUAAACUACGGUAACGUAAUCUAGCUAGCCAGCCAGAUAAACAACCCUGCAUCAUCAGAUCAAUGCAUAUUUUGGGGAUGGAGUUGGUCUAACGUCUAGAAAACAAAGGGACGUGUCGAAAAUGGGUGCAUUUUACUGUGCGAUAUGUAGGCAAACAUCUUUCUCCGGAAAAGCACACAUCUUCGGGAAAAGUCACCAGAGCAAACUCAAAGUGGUCCUUGUUAAAUUCCUUGAGAAGGUGAAAGAAGCGCGUCGAACGAUAAAAAAUCCCCAGGUGGAGAGGUUCGAUUGCACUCAGCACAAACGCAAAUGUUGGUGUUACUGCUGCGGCCUCGAGGUGGAGAGAGACGUCACUGAUGGCGACAUCACUGUUUUGUUCGGGGGCUUGUUGGAACACAUGGCCAGGCCUGAUCACAGGAAAAGCACCCACACAUUCUGGUGGGAGAACAAAGCUGACCCCAAACUGAGGGACAAGUUUAUAAUCACAGAAAAUGAAAUGGAGAGAUUUAAAACAGAGGUGGCAAAAGCUUUAGGCUCAUUUGAGGAGAAGGAGGAUGAGCUUAUCAAGCAGCAAGCCACUCAUAUCCGAGCUCAGGAACAGCAUCGCCAGGAGGUCCUUCAGUCUCUCAUAGAGCCUAAGGCAGAGCUGGAGCUAUCGAACACAGAGGGCCCUUGCAACUCAGUGGACGAGGCUUCCAGUAGCUCUCACUUCAGGGCCCCUGGAUCCGAUGAGCAGGCCAGGUCUGGUCGGGUUGACCAAAUGGUGGCCAGGCAGUGGGCGGGCCCUGGACAGGGCCUGACCUUCAUUGGCUACCAGGAUUCUUCCAACAGUGGAAAUAUUCACACAGGAGCCAUCCCUCCAUGGUUACAGGAGGACUCCCAGGAGGGCAGGUCUGGGACAAUGGAGCAGGAGAUCGGUCCAUCACUCCAGGACUUCCUCAAACAGAAGGAGCAGGAGAAGCUGAAGAAACUCCCCCCUAACCGGGUGGGGGCCAACUUUGACCAUAGCUCCCAGACCGAUGCCAACUGGCUGCCCUCUUUCGGCCGGGUGUGGAACAGUGGACGCCGCUGGCAAUCCAGGCACCAGUUCAGAGAGGAAGAGGGACAGACCAACAGACAAAAGAGAAAGCGGGAUCAGGGAACAAAGAAACCCAAACCGCCUGAACAACAGUGACUAUAGUAUGCAUUGUACAUAGAAAUGUUACAGAACAAAGCAGUUAAAAAAAACAUGACAUUUGUUUGGAAACCAUGAAAAGCCUUUAUUUCAGGAUAUAAUGAACUAGGCUCAAUUGUAAAUUACCUUUAAAUGUCAAGCUCAUUAUGCACGUUUCAGAUUUGAUUCCCGGCCAAUGUUUUUGGCACUUGUUUUGAAAUAAAAUAAUGAACUGGACUACAGCCACGCUCCUGUCUCUCACAUAUCUAUUGGAAUGUGGGGAGCGGCAUUAGCCGUUAAUUGGCGCUGGGUCUAUGAAAUACUGUCCUAGUGUCCUCUGGGUUCAAUGUAAAGCGUGCUUCCAGACUGGAACCCUGGGGCCUUAACACCGACCCUGGUCCACUUGUCGGUCUUUGCACUUUAUUUCAUUAGAUGGCGUUCGCCAUCCUCAAUCUUUGGGUUCAGGGGUUAUUAACCGGUCUGAACAUUAAUGAAAUAAAGUGCAAAGACUGACAAGUGGCCUAGGGUCAGUGCUAAGACCCCAGUCUGGAAGCACGCUUUCCACUGAACCCAGGACACUCGGUAUUGCAUUUUAGCUGAAGUCAAGUUCAAAAAGAUGGCCGCGUAGAAGUCAAAUGUGAAAAUUGCAAAUAAAACUUGUCAUCACCAUUGUACAAAAAACAUCCAUUAAAUUAUUCAAGUAAUUUUUUUUUAGUCACUCACAGCCAAAGAUACAUUUUAUAUUCAUCCACUGUCUAUAAUAUUUCUGGAUGAUGUGAUGAUGCCGUAAGUGCGCAAGUGUAAUCGGCUCUCUAUAAAACGGCAUGUGUGAACAUUACAAUGGACGCUGUCUCUAGUUCAAACAUUCACCUCAAUGGUCAGUACCACCGCCCCCCUAAACCAGGGAUCAUCAACUACAUUUUAUGUUGAGCAAUGGUCAGGGGUCCGGAACAUAAGCCCAAACAAAUAUUUCACAUGUGUAUAUGAUCACAUAUCUCUGCGCGUUGGAAUACUGUGUUUUCAGUCAUGUCCAACAAUAAAUAAUAUUUAGUUUUGCUCAAACUUGGGAGGGCCAAACAAAAUCGUCAGUUGGGGAACCCUGUACUAAACAUUCUCCUCUCUGAGGUCUGGUGAGUGUUUUCUGGGUGGCAGUGUUUGCACCCGCAGUCCUUUAUAUCCCCUGCACUCUGGGCAGAUGCGGACGUGAGUGCAGCCCCGUGGACCCAAAAUGGCUUCCUGUGCCAGUCUAUGAGACCGUGACUCCAUAGGACCGCUGCUACUGUUGUCCAUCCCGCACACCAUGCCAUUACUGAGGGUGCAAGUGGCUGUCUUGGUCCUGCCAUGCUCCUCUGGGAGUGAAGUGUGUGUUUGUAGUAAUAUCCCUGGGCCUGGUAAACCAUGCAGUGCCAUACUGUCCUCGCACAGCAGGAUCCCAUGGAGAGCCCUCAGCAUCUCUGUACACAUGGACAACUAGAACAGAAAGGGCAGAACCAUAAGUCCAACUUUUGCACAGUCAUCUUUUGAAAGAGAGGAGAUGGAUUGCUGGUUAUCAGUGCUUUGGUUUAAAGCUUUUUUUCCCUCCGCUUUACAUUCUUCGUGAGGUCUAGGUAAAAAUUGGUUUAUUUAACUUCAGAUGUGAAACUUUACAUACUGAAGAACAAACGCAUAAAUGUAUGCAAAUUGUAAAGUAUUUUUGUUUGUAAUGUCCUUCAUUAUGUGACGUGCAGCUUUUACCAUGAAUACGAUCUCUGCGAACACCAGGGAAAAUGCCUUUAAAAGAUGUGUUGUUGGCUGUAUAGUGUGCUGCUCUAUAACGCUCCUAGGGUUGAAUCACGGCCUGAGUGAAGAUUGACUUAAAUUGGAGUUAGGAUUUGACCCUAAGAGGGCAGCUGGCUACUAAGCUGGGAGAGCAGCUACAGAUGAUCCCUCACCUCUGACCUCGGAGAGUGUUGCUGCACCCAGACAAACUCCAGCCCCGCCAUGAACACAGCCAGCAGUAGACCAGACAACAGGACAACAAAGACCCCACCUAUAUUCUCCAUGCCCAGCCCUACCACAGAGAGAAAGAGAAACAAAAGAGAUCUUAGUCUAAUGGUGACAAACUUCCAUAAAUUAGGCCGGAAUUCAAUCCAAUCGCGGGUUAAAGACAUUGCGGCUUUUAAAGGCUAUUUCUAAUUGAGCCAGCAUAUGCAGUGUUUACUGUGAAUGGAAGCUCAGCAAACACAGGAACAUGGCCUUUAAAAGCUGCAAUGCCUAUGACCGGCGAUCAGAUUGAAUCCCAUCCUUACUCUCUUGACAUUGAUGUGCAUCACCAUCGCUGUAUAUAGUUGUUGAAUGCUGGGAGAUUUUCCCCACAGUGUUGUCUUCUGUUGUGUACUAUGAUAAAUAAAUAGUUGACUUUAAGUCAGCAGAUUGUGGUUCCAAUUCCAGCAGUUCUAUAACUUCAGUUUAGAGACAAGAUGCACUGAUACUGUAUAUUUUCUUGUCUAUGGACAGUAGUAAAGAUCGUGUAUGAAAGUGUACCCUGUGUUUGAUGGUCAACCUCUUUGGAACACUUGUCUCCCCGCCACCACUUCCUCUUAAGGAUCUCCAGCCUGUUGUCCUCUUGGAGUUUGAGUACGGCCAGGUCGAUCUCGUCCCGGUACACUGAGCCUGAUGACAUAGAAUACAGUUUACUCUAAAUUAUGAAUAAACUGCAAAUGACUUCAGAUCACCUAAUUAUAGACAUUCUGUCAGCAGGGUUGUGUUCAGUGGGCACAAAACAGGAGAAACAUUUUGAAACAAAGGCGGUACUAUGAACUUCUCCAAUAAGAACACUGAAGGUAACUUUGUUUUCUUUCUCAAAGAGCUACAUAACCGGUGUCUGAUAAUCCUAUUAUAGACUCAAUAAGACAACUGCACAGAUUUAUGAAAUUGAAUAAAUAAUAUCCCCUUAUACAGAUCAAUGCAAUAAUCCACCUCUCCCUACAAAGACAGCAUAUUGUAGUCUUGGGCAGAAAAGGGAAUCAUUUCUUUAUGACAAGCGGUCACUGCUCUCGUUUGACCAACUACAGAAGUAUGGAAUCCCAGCCUCUCAGUUCUUUGUAUUUGCAGAUAUAACACUUUAUUCUCUUGGUGCAGCAAACACUGGACGAUCCAGAAGGUUCAAAGAUUGAAACCAUUUUAAGGCAGUCCGAAAAUAAGCUACAUUGUGCACUUCUGAAGGUAAUAACACAGGUUUUACCCAGUGGCAUGCCGAUGCCGUAGCCCUUGGUGUCCAGCAGGCCUCCUAUCUGGGUGAGGUUACAGUUGCGCUGACGGUAGUACUCGUUCAUGGUGCUCUCCAACAGGUAGGCGUAGUUGGAGUUGAGCACCCGGUCGAUGCCUUCCUCCGUGCUCUUCACAAACACACUGGUUUGCUUGGCAUGCAUGAAGUUCCACAUGCGCUGGUAGGUCUGGUACUGAGAGUUCUGUGGGCAAGCAAGAGAGAUAAAGACAGGGCUGUAAAAAGAAAAAAGAAAUCAGUGGGCUAUAACCCAGAAGGAAAACUGGUUGAAACAAUGUUAUUCUGAUAUAAGUUUUGUCCGCUGGAAAACUACGUGUGAGAUAGCAAGCAUUAUGACUCCUUUCUCACACACACACUCUCUCUCUCUCUACCUGGAAGAAGGUCAUGGUGGACCCUCCCUGCAUGGUGCCGUACUCUAUGGUGGUCUGGUCUGCCAGGUCAUCCACUGACUCGAUGGGCACCUCCAUCCUGUGAACGGUGAGGAAGGCAGCCAGGUUGGCUGUGUAGGAGGACACUAUGAUCAGGGUGAAGAACCACCUGCAGCAGGAAGGAACAGCACAAGCUGCUUAGUACACAGGAAGGCUCCCCAUUAAGCGCAAGACCCAUUUGCGUAUUGAGGUGCGAGUCUUGUUUAGCGCGAGACAGUCAAAUUGGUUAUUACAGCGUAGUAAGAAUGGAGUGCAUCAAUAUCUGUGUGUGUAUUGUAAUAAAUACCAUUUAAAAUAACACAAGCAUAUUGCUAUUACAUUGUUAUAACUAACUUCUUUCUAAGCAGGGUUUCUCACACACCCAGAGACAGAUGGCUGACACAGAACAUUCAGAAACACUGAUAAGAAAAGGGUGCAGACACACACACAUACUCAAGGACGGAGGGCUGACUACGCACACACAAAAUCUCCUGCUUAGCUGAACAUUUUGAUAACAAGGAACUUUUGUUGCAAGACUCAGAAGGAUGACGCCCAGCUCAUCAGGACCAAUCUGAGAAGACAACAACCUGUCCAGAACCAACCAAAGGACCAGAACUUCCAGACUCAACCUACUUUCUGUGUUGUAUAAAAUGUCUAUGCAUUCUGUUAUCUGGGCUUUUUCUGGAGGUUCUCUAUGAGCCGAAGGAACGAGACCGUAUACGCUUGUACCAGAUAUCUUUACUCAUAAUUAAACUGUCGCUUGUCAUACAAUUUA